AUGCAAAUAUUGAAUUAUAACACAGACGCCCUCUUCAAGAAGGGCCAGAGCCGACCCUACCUGCUGAGGAGGCUCUACCUGCUGCGGAGGCUCUACCUGCUGAGGAGGCUCUACCUGCUGAGGAGGCUCUACCUGCUGAGGAGGCUCUACCUGCUGAGGAGGCUCAGCGGCAGUCUCGGAGGCCGCCUGGACUUCUCUGGUACGGCUUGUUGGACGCGAGCCCAAGCAGGAGAUGGUCAUCGGCCCAGUGCUUUGGCAGAGAGCUCUCACGUGGGCAGCGGAGCCAUGGAUCGCAGUCAAAAGCAGAGCCAGGCCAUCCACCGCCGGAAGGGAGUUUUAUAA